AAAUACAAAAGUCUCCCUUUCCUGAGGUACCAGGUCUAAUAAAAAAGUCAUAAUCGUCCAUAAGUGGAUGACGUAGUAAUCAUUCGCAAAUAUCGCUAGAGUUCAAGGACUCACAUGCAUUUUCCGCACAGAAAAAUGGCCAAGAUACCUAUGAAUAAACAUCGGGGAAAAGGUAGCCGAGAAGAGGUUACCUAUCCCGGUUCACCCAGAAGCCAGAAAUGGGUGGGCAAUCUUCUACCUGUUCUUGAAGGCUAUAAUUAUAACCAUACCGAGAUCAUACAACUGGUGAAAGCGUGCGAUUAUAAUGGUGAAAAAAUCCAACAGGAAGUAGAUCGCAUUAUGGAAAUCAACAUAGGCCACGAGCAGGGAGAAUGGACAGUUGUUAAACCACAGAAGGUCAAGAACUCCCCUACGGCAAAGGGAAGUAAAGGUAGUGGUAACAAUUUCAGGCGUGAAGGAAACAAAGUUGGGCACGUACCUGAAGUGAAGACGCAACGCCGCCCAAAGAAUGUUAAAGAUACUAGCCCAUCCGUGUUAGUAAACCAGGCAGUAGGAAUUGUAACCUCCAGUGCCACAGUGGCGUCUACAGUUGUUACUCCAGUGGAAACUGCUGUUGAAAUGGAAAACUUCAAGAACAAAAGAGAAAAGAAGCCAACUCGAGAUAACCCCAAAGAUAGUAGUUCCAAGGAUGGAUGGAAAGAAGUGCAAAAGCAUCCGCAACAAAAUUCCAAAAAACCAUUCCCAAUGCAAUGGGCAGCACUGCUAAAGACGAAACCAGAAGACACGACCAUUGAAUUACCACCCGGAGUUACAUCACCUGAAGCACCAGCUCAGCCCAAGCAGUCUAAGAAGCCUGUUGAACCCAAGCCUGUGCAGCAGGAGACCAAGGCGGUUAAACCAGAAGGAGAACAUGGCGUGGAUGCAAUUGCUCUUGCGAAGGCAGAGGAAACUUUAAAGAAACUGGAAGUUAGCGAAAGGAUUAUGAUGGAAACACAAAAUCAACAAAAAUUGAUACCAACACCCAAAGAACAGGCUACGGACAUCUCACCACAACGCAGUCAAAUAGUGAUUUCACCAAAAGUUCAACAAACGGAUAUAUCACCAAAGAACCAACAAAUCAGACAUUCCUUCGGCGAUGUAGACGACUCUCCCCCUGUUAUCAUGCCGAAGCCUCUGAGUGGUGACAUUGAUGCUUCCGUUAUGUUUGUCUUUUUUGAUGACGAACCUGUGAAAGAUGCAGGAUGUGCUCCGUCUUCACCUACAGCAUCUUAUCAACAGUCUAGUUUGAACAGGCGCGAUAAAUACCCCCGUGGUUCACAUGUGCAUGACGGAAACCCUACAAUGCCCCGUCAUUGCAGUAGUGGACAACAACAUGAACAAAUUGAUCAGAUACCCGGAUACAAUGCCCAGAUGCAUCAGGAAAACGCACCUGAUGUAUCAUUCCCAGGACACUGGCCCAUGGGAUACUAUGGCAGCCGCUACUCAAACACAAAGCAUCAGCCAUUCUCUUAUGCCUACGAAGAUGAUAAACACAAGAAUUAUAGGCAAACGGCUAAUGAACAUUAUGUACCUAAGGACAGCCGCCAUCACCUCAACGGAGUUUACGUGAACUACGGUUACCAACACGACCGAUUACAGACUCCACCGGGAUUGGUAGGUUUCUACACACCUCAACAGCCGUUUUAUGGCUUCCCCAAUUCAUCCGGCCAAGCUAACCCGCAUGGCCCCUCGGAUUCCAUGACAUCUUCGAUGUGGAGGACUUGAUAAUAUCCCACACAUCCAAAACAA